CUAUUUCGUGGAUAUUAAAAGACGCAACGCGAUUACUUAAUACCAUGGCAGCUGCGACCUCGGGAAUUGAUCUCCAAUUCGUUGCGGCUGCAGGUGGCUCGGCACCUCCCCCGGGAGGUCCUCGGGCCGAGGAGUCAUCGUCGCUCGAAAAGCAGACGCUGGAGACUUUCUACAACGCUAAUCACAAUCAUGUAGACACCGACACGGAGAAGGCUUCCACUGAUACUAUGCAGCCGCGGGGGGUGUCACAUGGCGGACGUCGACCCGAGGACGGUGGCGGAGCAGCUGCUCCUGCACUUAUACAACCAGAGGGCACGACCUCGACGUUCAUCCCCGCCACGUCUAGUUCCUCGGUUUUCUUCCAGUUCCGUCCGCGCGCGGGGCGGAUCAAUUGGCGGUAUUUGCAGCACUAUCAAAUGCAAAAGUGUCUGGGUCUGGAAAGUUGCAAGGUUUGUCAUGCAUCUCGUGGACCACACACAUGUUCUGUAAUGCAGACAGAAGCAUCACAGAUUUUUUGAGACCUUACUCAUGCCUUUUCCGCAUGAGAAAGUCGCCUUUUGCCUAGCGAGAAUUGGGUAACUGUUGGAGUUCAUGUUCAUGCAACACAGAUUUUCUCUUGAUCCAGAUUUUGCAUGACAGGCUUCUUUCUUCCAGACGACCCAGACACAUUUGCAUUUGAUAAGCACCUGGACAUCGACACGAUCAAGCGGGACGGGGAUGUGGAAACGCUGGAGAAAAUCGCGGACAACCUCACGUUAUCAAAUGUAAAAAUGUCUGGGUCUGGAAACUUGUGAUGCUGGGUGGCGUAUCAUGAGGACGGAGGCCACAAGUGCUGUCUCAGCAUGACAAGUUUCUGAGCUUCUAGGUGUUGCCUAUUCUGCAUGACAAACUGCGUUUCUGCAUGACAGAAAAGUGGCGCUCUUGGGUAACGUGCAUGACAGCUUUGACAGUCAUGCCAGACAAGCAUGACAAAGAUACACUCUUCCAGACCCAGACACUUUUACACUUGAUACACGUUCGCGUGCUUCAACAACGAGGACCUGGAGAUCGCGUCGGAUGUGGAAGUGAAGCGGUUCGUCCACCUCCUGCAACUGGUCACCGAGUACUACUUCGUAACCGGCAUGCAGAAAAACGCGGCGAAAGUGUACGAGUUGAGGAAAGCGGAUAGUGCGAAAGGUAGAGAGAUCUACAAGUUGGAAACGAUGAACCGAAAAUUGCUGAAGGAACUGAAGGACAAGCGAAGACAGGUUUCAUUGUACGAAAACUUACUGCAAAACUACCGAACUGGACAAGGUGGUAGCGAAAGCGACGUCGACUACAGAAUAAAGAAUGGUCUUCAACAAACCGGCUUGUUCGAAGUAGAUCCAGUCUUGCAAGAUUUUGAUGUCGACGCGCAAAUAAGAGCGACCGGCCGCGCAAGUGCGAAGGAGGACAGAAGAGGAACAAAAUUAGUGGCAGAUGGGGACGCACAAGAUCAUGCGACUGCAUCUGCAUCGAAAAGAAGAAAACAGAGGCUGGAAAAAGACCAUCCAGAUCCAACCAGCAGCAGUGCGGCUACCGACUUGGAGAACGUCACAGCAGCCGGUGUCGUGGAGUCGGUAAAGAAACCGAUCUCUGCGUCCCCGCAGUUUAUGCGCGCAGGCGUCUCAGCGGCGACCGCAUCGAGUUCUGUUGCAGAUGCUGCGACUAGUAGAUUAUCGCCAGCAAAGGGCAGCUCCUCGUCAGCUGCUGUUCGAACGGCUGGAGCAGCGUCUGCAAAGACCACCACCGCCGUUUCGCACAUCCUGAACAUCAUCUACCAGUGCCCGUGUUGCAGCAAAAGGUUCGAGAGUCAGGAGUUCCUCCAGCGGCACCUGGCCCGACGGCAUCCCGAAGUCGACAUCGGCAGCAUUGACUUCGCAAAGUGCCGCAUCAAUCGAACGGUCGGGGGUACUAGCGCAACUUCUUCACCCACAAAGCAGAACAAGUUCACCGAGGAGCAGUUCCGGCGAGAUGUGAUCGCGGAAACCAAAACCUUGAUCGACGAGAAGCUAGAGGAGCUCGUCGCGCUGGUGUUCGGUGGUAGUGAGGGAGCAACGGCGCUUGAGGAUGGUGGAGCUGCUGGUGAAGAUGAACAAGAUCCAACUUCUCCAGGACGAGAUGCAGCACGACCUGGAGGUCGUCCCACCGGCGAGUUCGCCGUGGCCGCGGCCCUUGCGCGCAGCCAGAGCAAUGGAGGUAACGCGGAAGACGUUGCGUCCGACCUGUUGCGUGUGCUGCGGGAACGAAAACUCAACCAGCGGCAGAGUCUGGAGGUGGGCGAGAAGGUAGCAGAUUUGCUCAAGACGGAACGAGCGAAAAUCAUGCGGGGAACAGGAGGUGCAAGAACUGCUGCUGAUCUUCAGGGAGCAGCUUCGACAUCAUCAAGUCGUGCGGCCGGAGCUGCUUCAUCUACACCCGGAAUGAAUCAAGAAGAGAUCAUGCAGGAGCGGUUGCAGAAGCUGGAUGAGAUGAUGGGCAUGGCGCUCACGGAGAACCGGCGGCUGGCCGACACGGUCCAGCAACUACAGUCUCGCAACGAGAUCAACGAGCUGCGACUGGAAGAGAUCGCAAAGCAGGACCAAGUAAACACAGCAGCACGCGGCCCCAGUCGACAAUCUUCGCCGCAGCAAGGAGGUCGCGCUGGAGCGGUUCCUGGCGCCGCCGGUACAACUGGAAUAACUGCAGCUAGUACCGACAUGCUUUCCACACUCCACCCGCUGCAACGAUCGACCUUACUACCCGAGACGACGGCGCCGGGCACAAACUUCGAUCUGGACACCAACGCACCGCACUCCACUUCGGGCGCACCGACCGUCCUGACGCAGGGGGUUGGUGGCGGUGGAGGUACAACAGCGGGGCACUUGACGAGCAGCUCUACCUCGACUGCGAUCACGCAGGUUCUGUACAGCUCCAACGCGACACUGUUCAACAAAACCAACCAGCAGAACGAUCUUCCGCCCAGUGCUGUAGGUCUUCAACGUCAUCUCGAGAUCUCGUCGCAGAACACGUCCUUUUCCUCGGUGGUGCAGCCAUUAUACAACAACGAGGACCACUACACGACGACCACGAAGAACGGCGUUAGUGUAAUCAAAGAGCGGGAAUCCCGUCUCCAGGACCUGUAUCAAAUGCAAAAAUGUCUGGGUCUGGAAGAAUGCAACUUGUAAUGCGUAUUUCAGAACACAGAAAAGUUUCUCAUGCAUACGUAGCAAAAGCUCCCACUUUUUGUCAGCAAAAUAGGGGACUUGUCAUGCGGAUUCGGCAUUGCGGAAGGUUCUCGAAACCUGUGAUGCUAGAGCUUCCAUGCCAGACCUUCUGUGUCAUGCAAAAACAGCAUGACUCUUCCAGACCCAGACAUUUUUGCAAUCCAUAACCUGUCUCUGAACGCGACGAAGCUCUCCCAAAUCGCAGCCCGGGAGGAGCAGAUCGCCCGCGAGCAGGAGCUGGCUACCGCGCGCAUCGCGAUGGCGCGGGACCAGCGGCUCCGGGCGGAAUUCCUACAGGAGUUGGAUGACAGCGACGCGCAAUACGUGCAAGCGCCGAGGCGGCUCAGUGCCUACUCGUCCUUGGAGCUGCAGCCUGGUGGUGGGGCGUCGUCCUCUUCGCAGUCCCCCGUGAAGAUGCGAGGGACGUCGUCGAGAGGGCACCAAAAUCAGCAAGGAGCCGCGACGACGAACAUCAAGGGGCGUCUGGUGGACUUGGUCGCGAACCGGAGCGGCGACGACAGCGCGAAAAGUGCCGCGUCGUCGAGUCGGGGAGGUAACAAGUGCAAGUACAUUUUUUGAUGCAAUGUCAUGUUGAGGUACUUACUACAGGGAUACAAGAUGCACCGGUGCGCCUUAUCGUUAUUCAUGAGAGCGUAGAAAAAUGCAUGUCCUUGACGCAUUUCGUUUUUCAUCAUGUUUUCUUAUGCAGAAGUCCUCGCUGUCGGUUCUGCUUGAUGCGUCUCUUUUCAAGAAGAAGCCCCUCGAUCUCGAACUCUCUUUCGUUCCUUGUUCCCUUGUUGUACCUAAUAGAAAUAGAACGCUACUCCCCAGAUUUCGCCCGCAUUUUUGCGAACAAGGCGGACUCGUCCUUGGAAAUGCAGACCCAGCGGAACCACGCCAUAUCAAAUGCAAAAAUGUAUGGGUCUGGAAACUUGUAAUGCUGAUUUGUGAAUAGUGAAUUUUCUGUAUAUCUAAUGCGCAGCCAACAUGAGAGAUUUUUGCGCGGCUUAGUGUUGCGCUUUCCGCAUGACAAGCUGCGUUUGCAUGACAAGCAAGAGGGUCUCUUUUUGGACACGCGUCACAAACUCUUCAGUCAUGCCAGACAAGCAUGACAAACCUUGCAUCCUUCCAGACCCAGACAUUUUUACACUUGAUACGCCAGCAGCACCAGCGAUUUUGGACGAGGAGGAGAGCCUUUUGUUCCUCCCUCAGCCCCGCCAAGCGACAACUUAGCCGCGACGAACUUUAGCAUGCAAGACGCCCCGGAAGCGGGGCCGGAAGAUCGCGAAGUGACGAAGCUGAACAAGUCCACCAUAAUAUCCUCCCCGCGCUUGACGGCUACGCUUCUGCAGACACAGCCGCAACAGAAUUCGGAGGACACCACUGGACGCAUCAUUCGACCCCCUGCUUCUAGUGGUGCCGCUGACGCGAUGACGAAAAGCUCUGCCAGCUCUGUGAUCACCAACCCGCGGGCGCACCGGGCCUUCCGAAAUUUCUCCGACUCGGAAAGCGGCGCCGCGACGGAGAUCAUGGUGGAUCAAGAUCAGCCAUCGCGCUCUGCUGUAGGGGCUAGUACAGUUGGCGCAGCUUACGAGGAUCGUACUAAAGAUCAUUCCGGCGCCCAGCUAACUGCGACGAAUUUCGAAAGUAUAAAUCGCUCUGCGUUGGAAACCACGAAGGUCUUCAGAGAAUCGUCCGGUGCCGCAACAGAUCUUAGGACGUCUUCGGAGUCCCUAAGCAACACGCGACUGCUGGACAACACGAGGCUGCAGAACGAGACGGCUACUGGUCUGGUCUCACGAACAGGACCCGAGCCCAGCUACACAACCAGCGUCAAGGAUGACGUGCUGCUUGGAAGUACCAGUAACGCAGCGACGACCGUGAUCUACGCAAAUAAUCCGAACACCAUCGAUAAAAGCAUGAGCAGCAGCAGUGCCACGUCGCUGCAGCAGACGUCUUUCUUGCUGCAAACGCGCUUACCAGAAGAUCGCGAGGCAACGUCGAAUUUUGCGGGACAAAUUGCACCACCAGCACCUCAGGACAGAAUACCACCAGACACAUCGCCGAAGUACGUGAAUGCAGUUACUAGCAGCACCUCGACUUCUCUGCUGGCAAGCGCGCCCGCGCUCGUCCCCACGGUGCUUGUCGCGGAAAAAAACCUAGAAAAACCCUUUGAGCGAGGCUCCAUUGCGAGCCUCCCCGGGGUAGUGCUGCACUCUAACUCUUUGGAAACCACGAAAAUUUUCGACCGCCCUGGACCAGCCCCGGCGGGAAGUCGUGAUGAUGUUGCUAGUACCGCCAGCCGCGGGGUCCUCGGCGCGACGAAGCUGGAGUCUCAAGAACCUACUCAGUUAGACGCCACCGUUCUUGUUCAAACGCGCCUGGCUGACGAGGACGCCGAGAUUGAUGUUGCUGCGACCAAUAUCACAACGACCAAGCUCGAAGACAAUCAUGCCCAGGAAGGCACGACGACCUCGACGUCGACACCGCUCCCGGCCACGAACGGACUUGCAGGUCGUGCAGCUGGACUUCGCGACAACGACGCAGCUCUGUCGAGCAGCAGUGCCAGUACGCUGAUAAACACGACCGCCACUGUCUUGCUGCACAACAACGACGCUGCGCUUGACACAACCACAAUCCUUCCGCGGGGUGGUGCUGGAAGUGAGCGUGAGACUAGUCCUGCUCUAGCAGCUGCAGCUCCCGGCGUUGUGCGAGAAUCCAUGGGAUGGAACGUGUCCACCAUCUUUCCCGUGGACGGAACGAUUCUGCCUGAGCAAGAAACUACAUUAAAUCGCAGUGGUACGAACAGCAAAAUAGACGACAAGUCUUCAUUUUUAGAGGAUUUGCAGCCGAAAGAUCAGACGAGGAUAGAACUUCCAUCAGGGGGAGCUCGUGCGGAUGUUGGUGACAGAAGUAAAGUAGACAUCAGCCUUACAUCCGCAUCUGACAAGACAUCAAUCGCUGCGGGGUCGGCCGCGGGGGCCGCAGGGGAUCUGAGCAAGACGGUUGAUCUCGUCCCAGCGGACUUGACGGUGCUGGAAGUGAGGAGUUCUGCAGAGGUAGCAGGGAAUAAAAGCGAAAAUGUUAUUGCGGGAGAACCAUCAUCGACUUCUCCACCAGACGCACGGGAAGGUCGUUUUCCAGAAGACAGGAGCAAAACUGUCGCACCACCGUCUGGGUCUGCAGCUCCACCUCCACCACCUCCAGCUCCAGCUGCAACUCAGCAGAACGAUCUUUCUGACUACUCCGACGACGAUUUCGAGAUUGAAGUUGAUGAUGAAGAGGACGACGAGUCGCCGAAGCCUGUUCUUGCAGGAGCUGCUCCUGCUCGAGGAUCAUCCCCACCGCCAGCGGCUCCGGUCGAUGCAGCUGGUGGAAAUGAACAAGAUCCGCCAAUUAUAGCAGGAGGGAGUGCACGAGAUGUUGAAGGGGACACGACUAAUAGUACAAGUAACACGUCGUCGACCGCAACGAGAGCCCCCGCAGCUCCUCCUGCUCCACCGUCUCCUCCUGCGAAGAGAACAACUUCUCCAGACGACGUUCAAGUAGAACCCGUGGAACGAAAAACGGAUAAACUUUUUUCUUUACUUAACGACCAAAGUGAGGACGAAAGCGGGCUGGACGUGAGCGAGGUCGACGAACUAUUGUCCAGUAAGGAUAAGGACGGAAAUGGAUCGAAACCAGCUGCCGACGUCAGUGCAGUCGGCGCUGCAGGAGGCCCACUUACUACGACGUCACAAGCAGCGGCCACUGCAGUUUUGGAACAGACGAGGCUGGGAAAUACUACCACGGAUGCCAGCGUUAUAACAAAUAACUCAGGGAUGAAACAAGAUCAAAAGCCACUAGACGCCACCGCCUUGCAGAUGAAUACGCGGCUAGACGAUGUCGAUGCGGACGACGAGCAGCAGGUUGACGCUUUGAUUUCUGAAGAAAUCGCCGUGUUUCAGCUAGAUUCCAAAGACACCGUGGGGGGCACAAGUAUGUUUCGCUUUUUUCUUUAUGUUUCUGCCUGUGCAGUUAUUUGAUUGAAAAUAGGACAGUGCACAGUUUGUUGCAGUUCCAGAAUGAAGAAAAACCACAGCUGACUGCGAAUGGAGACAUAGCGAGUUUAUUUUCUACACGUUCGGCUAUGCGAUUGCGACAACAUCAAUGGCAUUGGAUCAUUAUCCAUGAAGAGCAAGUGAGUAGCGCAUCACGGUGUUCGGCGUUAGAUUUUUCAGUAGGACGAGUAGAAGGAUUGAAAUUGACGUUCAUCAUCGUCACCAAAAAUAAACAGGCAACAAGAAACCCGGCACCGCGUCGGACUCUCCUUCUUCUCCGGGCGACCAGAGGGCGCAAGAAAACGUUCGAAAUUACAACACGGCUGACCUGGACUUCAGCGACAUUGAUGACGAUCUCGAGGACAUCUUCAACGAAGGUGGUGGAGAGGCGAAGUAAACCCUUAUGAGCACCAUCGUCUAGCUCCUCUGGAACUGGAUGCGUGCGGACAAAUUGGAGGUGCUUGUUGUCGAAGCAGGACAAGAUCAAGAGUUCGCGGAGGUGUGAGCGUGAUAUAUGGAUUGCAACAAGCGCGAAUAACAGUGAUCGGCUAGCGCCAGCACGGAAGGCAGAGGAGCGGCGUACACAAUCGUGAUAUGUAGUUAGCGCGUUUGCGUGAAGUUGUUGAAGCUAGGGCUACGAACAGCUACGCGAAGCCGAGGCGCAUCAAGUGGCUUUUUCUUGAAGAACGCACGAUCCAGUAGAAAGUUAGGAGAAGUCGUGCCUUUUUCCGAGUAGAUCUAACUCUAAGUACCUUCACCAGCGCAUUAUACAAGAUUUUCUACUCCCGAAUCUCCUUUCUAAGUAGCUGAGCGUGAUCUUAGGUUGAACAGCAUGAUCACGCAGAACCGCUUGGAACUUCUACAGUGGCGAUUUUACCACCACGAGGCCCCCGCCAACUGGUGCAGUCGUCCUUUUUCUUGUGCAAUGUCGCACUGCUGUGCGUGUGAGGAAAGUUGACGCAAAACAAGAGGACGGAGAUGACGAUAUGGAAAAAAAAAGCAUACAUAGCUAUCAGAAGAAGGUAAGUACGCACUUGCUUGGCGGUGUGAUUUUGUUG